AUGAUGACCGCAGGCCGGUCAUCAUCACCCUGGACAUACACCUCGAUCCUUCUGGCCCUAUGCACGAGCGUCGUUGCCCACACACCACCCCAGUCCUCCACGACUACCGCACAGACCGCGAUUCCAACCACACCCCUCGUGACCAUAUGUCGAGCAAAGAGUAGCUGGGAUGUAGAGGCAGAGCUGUUCAACCUGCCACUGUGUCUGGAGACGCGUUGGGGACCCAAUCAUGAUCCGCAUAAUGUCUCGGCAUCCACGAAUACUGUAACCGAUGAUUCGGGGACUCGUCAGUCUCCGGUGCCGAGCGAUACAUCAGACAAGGCGGCCAGCAAAACACCCGAUCAGCACGCGGACUUGGAACACGAUACAGACUCACUGCUUGACGGGGCCAGUUUCCUGUCCUUCGAAGACUGGAAGAAACAGAAUCUCGCGAAGGUGGGCCAAUCAGCUGAGAACGUUGGAGGUAAAAGGCCUGCGGCACCUGGGAAGGAUGAUCGCCGACAACCAACGGGCAUCAAUAAUGCGCUGGACUCCCUAGGCGACGACUCUGAAAUCGAGCUAGACUUUGGCGGGUUCGGCGCUGAAACGCCCGAGGCUAGCCCGACUGCGUGGGGGACGCAUAUUCCCUCGCGCGAGGGAGCUGGAGAUAGCGGGGAUGGGAGAGGGGAUACUGAUGUUGGCGCGCAUGGCGCAUUUCAGCGCGAUGCUUCGCGCCGGAAGGAUGCUGGCACGACUUGUAAGGAGCGGUUUAAUUACGCUUCCUUUGACUGUGCGGCUACGGUACUCAAGACGAAUCCCGAGUGUAAGGGUUCAUCGUCUGUUCUGAUUGAGAACAAGGAUAGCUACAUGCUGAAUGAAUGCCGGGCCCAGAAUAAGUUCCUCAUCAUGGAGCUGUGUGAUGAUAUUUUGGUUGAUACGGUGGUGUUGGCAAACUACGAGUUCUUCAGCUCCAUCUUCCACACUUUCAGGGUCAGUGUUUCUGAUCGGUACCCGGCCAAGCCUGAUCAGUGGAAGGAACUUGGGGUAUACGAGGCACGGAAUACUCGCGAAGUGCAAGCCUUUGCAGUUGAAAACUCGCUGAUUUGGGCUCGGUACCUUCGCAUUGAAUUCUUGACACACUAUGGACAUGAAUUCUUCUGUCCCAUUAGCUUGAUUCGUGUCCAUGGUACUACCAUGAUGGAAGAAUACAAGCAUGGCGAGAGCUCUGACCGCGCUGAGAUUGAGGAGUUGGAGUCCAGCGAAGCUAUCAAGCAUGCUGGGCAUUUAGAACCUAAGCCGGUUGACGUGCCCGUUGACACAGCACCCCCUCCACAGGAAACCAUUUCCAUCAGCCCCGAGGUUGAUCGAGUCUCCCUGACCUGUCCCUCAGAACCUGAUUCAUCUUUUGUCGCGCUUUUUGAUAAUGAUGUUUGUGGCAUCAAUGAUGGACCGCCCAUUAUCACCACAUCAACACCAGGGAAUACUGCCCAAACGAACCAGCCACCGAAGGAACACACGGCAGCAGCAGGGGCUACUGCUCCUGUGACCAACACCGGGCCACCUGUUGCCCCCAAGGCCGCAGAGGAAGUUCGCAAGUCCGGGGACGCUGCCAAAGGCUCCAUGACUACCCCGGAUCCCUCAGUCGUGCCUUCGGAGCCUACCCAGCAGAAUGCUACCAUGGAAGCCGUGGGAAAAGCCGCUGCCAACAUGAAAGAGGAACAGAGUCACCCUCCAGAAUCUACUCGACCUACGAACACCCAACCACCAUCUUCCAAUCCGACCACCCAAGAAUCCUUCUUCAAGUCUGUCCACAAGCGGCUGCAGAUGCUCGAGUCUAACUCGACUCUAUCCUUACUCUAUAUUGAAGAACAAUCUCGAAUCCUGCGAGAUGCAUUCAACAAAGUUGAGAAGCGGCAGUUGGCCAAGACAUCCACCUUCCUCGAAAACCUCAACAUCACCGUUCUGAACGAGCUGAAAGAAUUCCGCGAGCAAUAUGACCAUGUCUGGAAAUCCGUCGCUCUCGAAUUCGAGCACCAGCGCAUGCAAUACCACGGCGAAGUCCACUCCCUCAGUGCCCAACUUGGCGUCCUCGCCGACGAACUCGUAUUCCAAAAGCGAGUGACCGUCAUCCAAAGUAUCAUGGUCCUCUGCUGCUUCGCCGUCGUCCUCUUCUCCCGCGGCUCCGUCAGCAACUAUAUGGAAUUCCCCGGCGUCCAACGAAUGGUCGCCCGGUCCUACAGUCUACGAUCCUCAUCCCCCAUUUUCGCAGGCUCCCCAUCCGCGAGCCCAGGAUCCACCCGCCCGACAUCAUCAUACCGUGCGAAUGGUGGCCAUCGACGGAACCUGUCAGAUUCCUCGGACCAGGAUAGUCCUGCCAGCCCGACGGCGGCUUAUGCGCCUCCGACUCCGGCUUCGUCUUCUCCUCGGGAGGUGGAGACGGAGCCGGAGAUCAAGAUUGAGCCGGAUCCGCUGUCCGAGUCGAUGGAUGUGCCUACUUUGGGGAUUCCACAGCCACGUCCUCAUAGUACACCUCCUGUGAUGAAUGGGCGUCCUGUCGACUUGGACACCGAUACUGAUAUUGAUACCCCGGCUGAAGACAGUCCACGGUCGCACGAGUCGUGA